AUUUGAUCUCCCAUUAAACCAAGGAGAAGAAUGUGAAAAGGGGGGAAAAUGCCCAGGAGGAAGCAGGAGCAACCCAAGCGCCUCUCUUCACAUGGUACUAGACAGGAAGAAGCUGAAGGUGAACUUAGUGAGGAAGAGCAUUGGUUUGGAAACUCUUCGGAAACCCCAUCAGAAGCAUCUUAUGGCGAAAUCCAGGAGAACUUCAAAUUAUCCUUUGAGGAUAGGAUCCAAGAACAGUCCACAUCUCCAGACACUUCCUUGGGGAGUGUGACUCCUAGCAGCAACACACUGGAGCUGGCAGCUGUUGAGAAUGAGGCUCUAAGGGAUGUGCUACAGAAUAAAGAACACCUUUCCCCAGGUGUGUCUUCUAUAUGUGAAGAUGACACUCCUGGCCCUAAUAAGCCACUGAGUAGUAACCUGAGACGUCUGCUGGAGGCUGGUUCUCUCAAGCUAGACACUAGUAUCACAGUGAACGGCAGGGCUGAGUCCCCUGUAAAUCUUGGCUCGAAUAUCUCCUUUUCUGCACCUACGCAUCAUGCUCAGCAGCUAAGUGUCCUUGCAAAAAAGCUGGCUGAAAAACAGGAACAAAGUGACCAAUAUGGCGCCAACAACCGGUUCAUAUGGAAUCAAGGCAAGUGGCUGCCCAACUCCGCACCACCUUGUGGUUUGUCUCCAGAUUCAGCCAUUCUAAAAUUGAAAGCAGCCGCCAAUGCAGUCCUCCAGGACAAGUCGCUCUCUCGAACUGAAGAUCCGAUAAGGUUUGAAACCUUUUCUUCUCCAUUUAGUUCUCAGUCCGCAAGCUCCACCUUAGCCGCGUUAUCAAAGAAAGUCAGUGAAAGAAGCAUGACUCCUGGGCAGGACCACCCACCGCCAGCUAGCUCUUUUCUUUCUCUCGCCUCAAUGACUUCAUCCGCAGCCCUACUCAAGGAGGUUGCUGCAAGAGCUGCAGGCAGCCUUUUGGCUGAGAAGAAAAAGUCAUUGGUUGCGGAGGAUCCCCUGCAGCUAUCAGACAUGAAGCAAGAGAAAGUAACUCCACCACAGUCUUUGGAAUUAUUGUUACUCCCAGCCCCUAAAGGAAGAGCUUCUAAAACCACUAAUCCAGCCUCAGAAGAAGAAGGGGGGAAACCUUUCCAGUGUCCAAUCUGUGGCCUGGUUAUAAAAAGGAAGAGCUACUGGAAGCGACACAUGGUGAUUCAUACUGGCUUAAAAAGUCAUCAGUGCCCCUUGUGUCCAUUUCGCUGUGCACGCAAGGACAAUCUCAAAUCACACAUGAAGGUUCACCAACACCAGGACCGGGGAGAGACGUUUCAGUGCCAGCUAUGCCCAUUUACCUCCUCUCGCCACUUCAGCCUGAAACUCCACAUGCGUUGCCAUCAACACUUCCUGAGGACAGAAGCCAAAGUGAAGGAAGAGAUCCCGGAAAUGGAUGUCAAGGUGUCACCGCUGCUAAAUGACAACUCCAGAAUGGGGCAGCAAGUGGAUGGGGGAACCGACCAGGCGGGGACAGCGGCUGCCUCUAGAUCCCCUGAGGCAGUUGGACAGGCAGGAGCUGCCGUCCCACCUCUGCUAGUAAAACAAGAGCCCAAAGAUGACAACAGUGUCUCUGCCCCAUCCUUCGUUCUCAGUGUUGUUGACAGAAUUGGCAACAAUACAAAGCUAAAAGACUCCAUUGACUUUGUGACCAAUACAGCGUCAGCACUUUUCAGCCAGGACAUCUCCGUCAAAAUGGCUUCAGAUUUUCUCAUGAAGCUCUCAGCUGCAAAUCAAAAAGAACCCUUGACUCCUACUUUCAAAGUGAAAGAUGAACCGAAAGAUGAGGAAAACGCAAGCUCCAUUUUGCCGAAAUCCAGUUAUGUUUUCAGCCAUGCACCUGAAACGUCCGCUCCAAGCAUUCCCGAGGAGAAUCUCAAAGCACAGGAAGUGCCAGCAAAUGUAUUGCAGCAGGACAUGUCAGUCAAAGCAGCAUCUGAGCUUCUCAUGAAGCUAUCAGCGGAAAGUCACAAGGAUUCCCAGACAAUAAAGAUUAAAGAAGAACCAAUGGAAGUGGAUAUUCAUGAUUCCCAAGCCUCAGUUUCCCCCAGCCAAAACAUCAGUUAUAGCACUUUACUCAGGCAAGAGAUAACUGAACACAUACAAAAGAUACCAGAAGGCCGAGUGAUCCCCGAGAGAAACCUCUUCAGUCAAGAUAUAUCAGUGAAGAUGGCUUCUGAGCUACUUUUUCAGUUGUCAGAAAAAGUGAGCAAAGAGCAUAAUCACUCUAAAGAUAACACCAUCACAGCUACAACUAGCCCUUUUUUUUCUGAAGAUACAUUUAGACAAUCACCAUUCACUUCCAACUCAAAAGAUCUCCUGUGUAUUGAGACUGCUGUUCAUGGAAGGACAACAGUACCAGAAGAGAGAAAAUACAAAUGCCAUUUGUGCCCCUAUGCUGCUAAGUGCCGUGCUAACCUGAACCAGCACCUGACUGUCCAUUCCGUGAAGCUGGUGAGUACAGACACUGAGGACAUUGUCAGCGCUGUCACUUCCGAAGGCAGUGAUGGAAAGAAGCACCCUUAUUACUACAGUUGUCAUGUGUGUGGAUUUGAAACCGAGAUGAAUGUCCAGUUUGUCAGUCAUAUGUCGCUUCAUGUGGAUAAAGAACAGUGGAUGUUUUCUAUUUGCUGCACAGCCUGUGAUUUUGUAACCAUGGAAGAGUCAGAGAUGAAGGCUCAUGUCGCCGCCAAGCAUGCAGGUGAAGAGAGGAAGACACCCAGUGACUCAAACAGCCCUUCUUCUUCUUCCCUGUCAGCACUCAGUGAUUCUGCCAACAGCAAAGAAGAGGCAGAGAUCAGCCCCAAACUCAAGGGUUCAAACAACCUGCUAGUUAUUUCCGUAGUGCCUGGUAGUCAGACCUUCUUAAACGCAGAAGAAAAGUCAGAGAAAGGUUUUGAAUGCGUUUUCUGUAACUUUGUCUGCAAAACAAAAAACAUGUUUGAGCGCCAUUUGCAAAUCCACCUGAUUACACGGAUGUUUGAAUGUGAUGUGUGCCACAAGUUCAUGAAGACUCCUGAGCAAUUACUGGAGCACAAGAAAUGCCACACUGUCCCCACCGGUGGGCUCAAGUGCCCGUUCUGCAUUUACUCCACAAACCGUCCAGCAGCAAUGGAAUGCCAUUUGAAGACCCACUACAAAAUGGAGUACAAGUGCCGGAUCUGCCAGGCAGUGAAAGCCAAUCAGCUGGAGCUGGAAAUGCACAUCCGGGAACAUCGCCUGGGCAACCAUUACAAGUGCGACCAGUGUGGCUAUCUUUCAAAGACGGCCAACAAGCUGAUAGAGCAUGUGCGCGUGCACACUGGGGAGCGCCCUUUUCACUGUGACCAGUGCAGCUACAGCUGCAAGCGCAAAGACAAUCUCAACCUGCACAAGAAGCUCAAGCAUGCUCCACGGCAGACUUUCAGCUGCGAAGAGUGCCUCUUCAAGACCACCCACCCGUUUGUCUUCAGCCGCCAUGUGAAGAAGCACCAAAACGGGGACUACUCCGAAGAGGAGAAGAAGGGCCAGGGGGCAAGCGCCAAGGAAGCCAGCCCCCUGCUCACUGCCCACAGCCCCCGAAGCCUCUUGUCCCCUCUCUCGGUGAUGUCUGCCUCCCAGGCUCUGCAGACGGUGGCCCUGUCAGCUGUGCACGGCGGUGGGGCGGAGCCAAACCUGGCACUUAAGGCCUUGGCCAUAAACGGCACCUCCCUGUGCUUUGACAAGUAUCGAAACUCUGAGUUUGCCCACCUCAUUCCCUUAACCAUGUUUUUCCCCAAGAACCACUUUGAGAUCACAUUCCAUGCACCCAGACCACAGACUGUACGCCUGGGUGACACUUCGCCGAAGCACUCCUUCCUCGCCUACCUUGGACUAACAGAAAGGGCAGAAACGGUCUAAGGGCAGCCACCAAAAAUAGUCUCCCCACCCACCCCGCCCCGAACACAACAGACACCCAGCAGGUAUAUGCAUUGCUGCAAACCAUGCACCCAAACGGUAUGGCUGGCUGAACAUUUGUACUAUAGAUCAUUAGUAGUAAGGUAUAGGAAAAAAAUGGCUCUGUGUGUCUCCUCCUUCAUGCAUUGACAUGGAAGGCUGCUUUAUUAAAACUUGAGAGAGGUGACCUCCUGCAUACUUCAACCUUCAGAGGCAUGUUCCCAGUACUCUUAUCUAAGAAACUAUUUUGUCUUGUUUAAGCUGAACAAGAGUGUCCUUAAUGGCAAUCAGCACUUGCUCAGAUUACAUAUUGAUGCAUUUUUACUUUGGGUUUGUCGGAAAGAGAGUCAGUGUGCCAUGACAUUGCUUUUGCACAUCCUUUUGUACUGGCUGAUUUAAUAUGAACACAUGAAGCUGCCUUAGGCUGCCGCAUCAGGCCCUUGGUCCAUCUAGCCCAGUAGUCUCGGCUCUGACUGGCAGCAGUUCUCCGGGGGCUCAGACAGAGGUCUUUUCCAGCACCUGCUGCCUGAGAUUCUCUCUCCGGAAACGCUGGGGAUUGAACCUGGGGCGUUGCUACACGCAGCGCAUGCGCUCCACCACGGAGC